AUGAACCUCAGCGAAAAGUAUUUCCAGGACGAUCGUCCCACUGCUAUUGGCCAACAAUCAGCCUUGGAGUGUUUUAACCAUGAAACCUUCAAGGCAGUCAGUUCGAGGGCCUGUUUGCGGGUGAGUUGGCAUGGAUAUAUGCACCAGCCACCUCCACAAACCAUGUACCAAGAAACCCGGGUUGAAUGGCGAGAAUCGGAAGAUGAAUACUGCCAUUGUCGUCGCAUCAAAAAUGGAUCAACGCACGCCCGCGUCUCGUCGACGGGUUCGUCCAGCAAAAAGCAAGUAAAUGACGCCAGCGGCGGCGAAAAAUAA